GCGCUGUUUGGGUGGGAGACUUGUCCCUUUUUCUUCUUCUCUGACAUACCACCACCUCUGCCAAAAUAUUAUUUUCUUUUUUCUUUAAGCUUUUCUAAGUAUUUUUUAUUCUGAUUUUCAUAUUUAUAUUUGCUUCUUGAAUUCCCAUUUUAGCCUCCGUUGAGAGAAAAAGUUUGUUGUUUUUAUUAUCUCAUCCUCUUCUUAUAUAUACACACAAUCCAAAAUUGGGAUUUUUGUGCAUGUAAUGUAACACCUUCAUGACCCAGAUAACAUAUUAUAGCCUCGGUUUCUUCUUUCAUGCCUGAUUUUUGAGAUAAUUGGCUGGAACUUUAGUCUGUUAAUUAGGGUACACAAACAUGCCUAGUAUUGUCAUGGAUGAAAAUAGAGAGGAAGAAAUUACUAAUGACACACAUGAUAGUGCUGUAACUGUUAAACCAAAUGAGAUGUCGAAUAUGUCUCCUAAGAGUCCGUUGAGUCCGCAAAGCCCGCGCGGCUCAUCUAUGGAUCUUCCUGCUGGUGAGGUGCAACAUGUCGGUGUUGAUGGUGUGGCUGCUGAUGAGACGGAUGCGCAUGGUGUGGUAGACACCUCCAUCGAGCAGCUUUAUGAGAAUGUUUGUGAUAUGCAGAGUUCUGAUAUGUCGCCGUCGAGAAAUAGUUUUGGAUCUGACGGUGAUGAGUCGAGGAUUGAUUCGGAGCUGCGCCAUCUUGUUGGGGGAGAGUUGAGAGAGGUUGAAAUAAUGGAAGAGGAAGAGGUGGACAAGCCGGUUAAUGAUACUCAUAGUAAUUCCUCUUCUAAGAAGGGAAGUUCAUCCGGGGGUAAGAAUUCGGGACAACUGAAAAAGAUGAAACCUGCAAGCUCGAAAUCUGUUUCUUCAAACACGUCAAAGAAAGGUCCUCAUGUACAAUUGGACUCGGAAGCAUCUUCGAAGUUGAGUUCUAUGGGUAAUAGUCCUCCAGAAAAACCGCCUGUUGAUAAGCAAAAUGAUAAGAAUUUGAAAAAAGCAAAUGGAGGUGUUAAAUUGACAAAGAAGCGGAGGAAUUCCCCAUUGGGAGUAAAGAAGUUACAGCAUGGAACUGAGGAUCCAGCUGAUUCAGGAUUAUGCAAUCCAGAUGUUGCUCGAUUUUUACUAAAGCAAUCGAGGGAUCUGAUAUCUGCUGGGGAUAAUCCCCAGAAAGCUCUUGAAUUAGCUCUCCGAGCAUCUAAAUCAUUUGAAAGUUGUGCAAAUGGGAAACCCAAUUUAGAAUUGGUCAUGAGCCUGCAUGUUGUGGCAGCAAUAUACUGCAGCACAGGCCAGUAUAACGAGGCAAUUCCUGUUCUUGAGCAAUCAAUUGAGAUUCCAGCUAUCGAGGAAGGCCAAGAGCAUGCGCUGGCUAAGUUUGCCGGUUACAUGCAGUUAGGUGAUACUUAUGCAAUGCUGGGGCAGCUUGAGAAUUCAACCAAGUGUUACACGACAGGACUGGAAGUCCAGAAACAAGUCCUGGGAGAAACAGACCCCAGAGUUGGUGAAACCUGUAGGUAUUUGGCUGAAGCUCAUGUUCAAGCAAUGCAGUUUGAUGAAGCACAGGGGCUUUGUCAGAAGGCUCUCGACAUUCAUAGAGAGAACGGUGCACCUGCUUCUGUUGAAGAGGCAGCUGAUAGGAGGCUCAUGGGUCUCAUAUGUGAAACAAAGGGAGAUCACGAAGCUGCUCUUGAGCACCUUGUUUUAGCCAGCAUGGCUAUGGUGGCAAAUGGCCAGGAAGCUGAAGUUGCCUCUGUUGAUUGUAGUAUUGGAGACACUUAUUUAUCUUUGUCUAGAUAUGAUGAGGCUGUCUUUGCAUAUGAAAAAGCACUCACAGCUCUUAAGUCCACAAAAGGAGAGAAUCAUCCAGCCGUAGGUGCAGUAUUUGUACGUAUGGCAGAUUUAUAUAACAAAACUGGGAAAUUAAGAGAUUCAAAGUCAUACUGUGAGAGUGCUCUUAAAAUUUAUGAAAAGCCUACGCCAGGGAUCCCUCAAGAGGAGAUUGCAAGUGGUCUAACCGAUGUUUCUGCAAUCUAUGAGUCGAUGAAUGAGCUUGAGCAGGCCAUCAAAUUGCUUCAGAAGGCAUUAAAAUUGUAUAACGAUGCCCCUGGUCAGCAGAACACAAUUGCUGGAAUUGAAGCCCAAAUGGGGGUCAUGUAUUAUAUGCUCGGAAAUUAUUCUGAAUCAUACAACACUUUGAAGAAUGCAAUUUCAAAGCUCCGGGCAAGUGGAGAAAGGAAGUCUGCUUUCUUUGGCAUUGCUCUUAACCAAAUGGGACUUGCUUGUGUGCAGCGUUACUCUAUAACUGAGGCUGCAGAAUUAUUUGAAGAAGCCAAGAGUAUUUUGGAACAAGAAUGUGGACCUUAUCAUCCUGAUACCCUCGGUGUAUAUAGCAAUCUUGCCGGCACUUAUGAUGCAAUGGGAAGGUUGGAUGAUGCAAUUGAGCUGUUGGAGCGAGUUGUCGUGAUGAGAGAGGAAAAGCUCGGAACAGCAAAUCCAGAUGUUGAUGAUGAGAAAAAGAGGCUGGCUGAAGUAUUGAAAGAAGCAGGCAGGGUUCGGAGCCGGAAAGGACUAUCGCUAGAGAAUCUGCUCGAUUCCAACACUCGUACCGUAAACAACGACGGCAUUACAGUAUUGUAAGGAUGUUUUAUACACACACACAUGUAUUUAAACUUAAAAUGAUGUAUUAUAGGAUUUAAUUUAAGGAAAAAGAAAAAAAUUGAAAAGAAAUCAAGAAAGGUACAGAGAGAAAAUUUGUGUUUUUGGUUAGAUUGGUAUUUUGGUUUGAAAUAACUGCUAUUGCAGAUUUGUUAUUUGAUAUAAUGAUUACAUUUUUUAUAUUUAUCAAAGGCUAUUCUAUUCUA